UUGAGACACAACAGCCGCGCUCAAGGGCACACAAACGGAUCACAGAACCAAACAAACGUAGCUGCGGCACAUCACGUACUGCUUUGUUUGUGAAAACUGUUUGUGAAAACAACAUCGUACGCUACUGCAAUGGUGGAAAUGUUACAAAAGUAACGUUUUGUGGAUGUAUUCCAUUUUUUGUCGAGCCCUUGCAUGCCACCUUUGCCUGUGAUUCCCCGGAUGGAUCCUGGGCCCGCCUCCCCCCCCUCCUCGGUGGUAGCUGGCCCCUCAUCUUUGUGGCGGCUGGCUGAGAGGCGAACACGCAAGGCUGGCUCGGGGAACAUUUUCAGCAACGUCAACCUGUGGCAGCUUCAGAGACUUUUUAGAGCGGCCGGGGACCAGGACGCUGAGCAGAGGGCCCAGCUGGUUUGGGCCCACAGGGAUGAGGCUGAACUGGCCCAGGCCUUGAUAGGACUCAGGGCACGGAGUCACCGCAGAGGGCUGAGGGCGAAUGGGAGGGACACACUGGGGGCACACUGGCUGCGAGCCUUCAAUCAUCUCAGGAUUGGGGAGGGCUUCCAAAGUAGCCAACAGAAGGACCCUGCCGAUGAGAAGGAUUCCGAAUCAGGUUCUCACAGCAGUGAAGAACCAUAUCAGCACACAACUGAGACAACAGGAAGAUCUACAGGGACCACCGUGGUACUAAAUGAGAGCCAAGGCCUCAGAGGUCUUUGUGAGAGACCGGGUCGAGCCGGUUCGGGCCUGAGGAGAGGAGAGAACGACCCAGAGAGAUACCUACACAGAAUACUUCACUGACGGAAACCUCAGGGAGACGUCUGGAACUUCUGGACAUAAUGUAAUCUGAUGCAGAAGAAGCAAUUUUGAUUAACUUCUAGGAAGUGUUCACUGCUUAGUUGGCAGUAUAGCAACACUGUAUGGUUCAACACCAGAAUACAAAACAUGGGCUAAAUAAUGAAUGUAUAUUUGUCACCAGCUCCAUCAAAUAAUAAGAGAAUUGGAUUUUUUAAUGUGUAAUUUUGUGUAAUAAAGUCUUUAUCAUGUUUUCUCC